UUCUGUGUGUUGAUACUCAGAAAUGGAUUUACAUGAAUAUCUGGUAAAGGAACAUCUCUCCUGCUGUGUAUAUAAGAAGAUGUUCAGAUGAUAUUCUGCACAUAUCUUUGAGAUCUUCAUUUCUUCACUGUGAACACAUCAUCUGGAAGAAUGAGACAUCUGAUGACUCUGUUGUUUCUGGUGAUCUUCUGCUGUCUGCAGCUGACUACAAGUGCUCCAGUUGCCUCAGAUUUGGCAAAGUCAAAUUGUUGUUUCGAGUUUAGAAACGCACAGAUUCCUUUGAGACGUGUGAAGUCGUACUAUUGGACCAGCGAUAACUGCCACACACGUGCCAUUGUGUUUCAGACUGAUAAAAGGAAGAUCUGUGUAGAUCCAAACACCACCUGGGUGACCAGCCAUAUGGCCAAAGUGGACAACAGAACAUCUAGUGUAACACCAAAGACUCAAACCACCACAGUCUAAAAGAAUCUGCUCAUCUCUGCCUGUUUAAACUGUACAUUUACUUCACUCAUGUCCUCGUAUUUAUAUGAUAUAUGAUAACAUCAUAUUUUUGUUACAAAAUAUAUAUGAUUUGUUCAAACUCUUUCUAAUAAAAUUUUAAUAAUUUCUACAUCCA